AUGCAGACGUUCCAAAAACCAGAAAACGCUCUGAAGAGAGCAGAAGAAUUGCAAUUUAUAGGACAGAAUGAAGAUGCCCUUCAAAUUCUUCACGCAGCCAUAGGCCAUAGAACAUUUAGGUUGCAAGGAUGGCAUAUAUUACAAGAACAAAUUAUGCUAAGGUAUAUUGAAUUUUGUUUAUACCUAGAGAAAUUAAAUUUAGUGAAGGAUGGACUUCAUCAGUAUAGAAUUAUAUGUCAGCAUGGAAAUAUUGCAUCGUUAGGAAAAGUGAUCACAGAUUUUAGAGAUAAAGCUGAGGAAAAAGUAAGAUUAGCCAAGGAAAAUAUGAUUUUAAAUAAAGAAAAAAUAGAACAAGAAGAGAGUAAUGUAGAUUUUACGGAGAAAAUUUUAAUUUCUACAUUGGAUAUAGAAAUAACUGGAAAGUAUGAAAGGAAAUUACAAAAUUCGUUCAGGAUAUGUAUGGAAACGUACAAGAUGAUUUUAGAAAUAUUAAGAGCAACUCCAAAAUUAGAAAAAGCAUAUCAUGAGACUGCAAAAAAAGCUUUAAUUUUUUGCAAGGAAAAUAAAAGAUUAACAGAAUUUAAAAAAUUAAGUGACUUAUUAAGAAAUCAUUACAAUUUAAUAUUAAGGGGAAAACAUAAACCGGAAUAUCAGUCGUUACUUAAAAUUGAAUAUCAUUUAGAAACCAAAAUAAUUCAGUUGGAAACAGCUUGUGAACUUGGUAUGUGGAAGGAGGCAUCAAACAUUGCUGAGGAUAUAUACAAUUUAAAUAUGCAUGAUUAUUUUUAUAGAUCCUUAAGGGCCAAUCAUGUAGAACCUGAGGUCUCACCUAUUGUUGAAAAUGUUACAAAGGGGGAUAAAAAUAACACUUCUAAUGAGGAGGAGGAGAAGAAAAAGGGUGAAGACAAAGACGGUCAAAAGGACGAUGAAAAAGAGGGUGAAAAAGAAGGUGAAAAAGAUAAUAAGACGAGCAAUAAGAGAAAAGGUGAAAACACAGGAGAGGCGGAAUCAUCCAAAAUGGAAACGGAAGAAUCUGUAGCAGAGGAAGGAAAAGGAAAAGGGCAUGAUGAAACAAAAGAUAGCAAAGGGAAAGGAAUUCAAACAGUUGUUGUGCAUGCAAGCGAAAGUAGUGGAAAUGCAAAUUACGCAUUAAAUAAAUCUAGAGAAAAUUUAAAAAGCUGGAUUGCAAUAUUUUAUCAAAGAAUGGCAGAUAUUUUAUUUGUAUAUGAAAGUGAAUUAUUUCAUGGCUUAGCAUGGUUAAAGUAUUGUUUUCACAUUCUAAAUUAUAGCAGACAUUUAUCUGAAAAGGAGAAAGGCUUCAUGUGUACAAAGGCCGUUUUAGCUGUUCUAUCCAUUCCUUUAAUUGGAAAUAAAAAGAAAAAUGAAGAUUAUGCAAAAACAUUUGAAGCACAUAAAAAAAUGUCACAACUAUUAGGUCAUAAUAGUGUACCAAUAAAAGAAUCAUUAAAAAACGGAUUAAAAGUGAGAAAUAUACUUAAUUAUGCAGAUGAAAAUGUACAGAAGUUAUAUUCCUUAAUAGAAAAUCAGUUUACUCCCUUAAGCUUAUGUUUAGAAUGUGAUACAUUGCUAAAGGAGUUAGAAGUCACAGAACAUAAAGUAUAUAUUAGUAAAAUUAAAGAAGUUAUUUUCCAUAAAUUAAUUUUACAACUAUCCAAGGUUUAUAGCUACAUCUCUAUUGAUUAUUUUAUUAAGAAUAUAUGCCCAGAAUCAUUUAUCACAUGGAAUGAAGCUGAAACUAUGUUAGUAGACUUGGUUUAUCAAAAGGAAUUAGAAAUGAGAAUCGAUUUGAUAAAAAGAGCUAUUUAUUUUGAAGAUAAGGAAAAUACGAACAGUAGCAAAUUAAUUAAAGAAUCACUUACAAAUUUAUACAACGAAUUGCACACGGGGUUGAAAAUGAUAAACGAAGCAAUUUGCGUCGAAAAUGAAGUGGAACAUUUACAUAUGAAACUGUUAACAUAUGAAAAAGAAUUUGAUUUAUUAGAUAGAGGUCAUCAUAAAAUUUUGAAUUAUGACACUGCUAAUGUUGAAGAUAUCAUUGAAAAUGAGAUUUUUGAAGAUAAACCAAUUGAAGAUGAAAAAUUACUAAAGAAGUUAUACGAUAAAAUUGAUGAAGAACAUUAUAAAUUCCAAUUAUUAAGUGAAGAAAAUAAUAAGAAGAGAAAAGAGAUGCUAAGGAAACAAAAGGAAUUAGAACAAGCGCAACUAAAGAUGAAGAUGGAGAAGAAAUUGUUAGAAGAAAAGUUAGAAAAGGAAAAACGAGAAGAGCUAGCCAAAAAGGGAGAAAAAUUAAGAAUUAAAGAAGAAAAGAAUAAAAAAAAAACAGAAGCAGCUGAACAAAUGUUAAAAGAAAUUAAAAAAUUAUGUACAAACAAUACAGCCAAAAUUUUAAUGAAAGGAAAAUAUUUAGAUGAAAUUACCAUUGAAGAUAUACUAAAUGGUUAUGUAGAUUUUGAAGAUAUUGAAGAGGCACAAGAAAAAUUACGUCUAAAUGAAAAGAAUGAAAUUAUAAAAAUUAGAAAGAUGGAAUAUAAAAAAGUUGAUCAUUAUUUUAGAGCAUUAAGACAAGUUGAACUUAGUCAUAUGAAUAAAUGGAUAGCCCUAAUUUUCCAAGAAGAUACUGAAAUUUUAUUACAAGAACAGAAAGCAGCAGAAGAAGAACAAAAAGCUGAUUUUGAAGCAGCACUUAGAGAAAAAGAAGAAUAUGUGAAAUUCUCCAAUGACAUAGAAGAAUUUACCAAAAAUGAGGUGAAAGAAAGAAUUGUGGAAUUUGAAAAAAAUCUGAAAGAUCAAAAAGAUCGUUUACAUCAAUUAUUGAAAGAUGAAAAAAUACAAAGAGCUAAGGAUAGGAGAGAACAACAUUUAAGAAAAUUGAAAGCCGAAGAAGAAAGAAAAAGAAGAGAGGAAGAAGAAGAAAGAUUAAUGAAAGAAGAAAUGGAAAAGAAAAAAAAAGAAGAAGCACAUAGAAAAAGGCUUGAUGAAAUAAGUAGAAUUCAAAGGGAAAGAGAUUUAGAAAUUGAGCAACAAUUGUUAAGGAAAAAAGAAGAAUCAAAAAGUGGAGAUAAGCAUUAUAGAAAAUCUUCAUAUGAAGAUGAAUUUACAUGGAGAAGAAGUUAUAAAACAGGUUCACAAUAUGACGAUGAGAAUUAUAAGAGACUAGACGAUGGGCAAGAUGACAGUUCCCAUAGAGAUAGAUCAGAGAGAAGGGAAAGAAGAGAUUGGUCAAGCAGGGAUAAAGAAAGAGAUAGAGAUAGGGAGAGAGACCGAGAAAGAGAUAGGGAGAGAGACCGAGAAAGAGAUAGGGACAGAGACCGAGAAAGAGAUAGGGACAGAGAUCGAGAAAGAGAUAGGGACAGAAAAUACAAAAAAGAAAAGGAGUACAGGAGAGAUAGGUCUAAGGAUAGAGAAAGGGACAGAUCUAGAAAUAGAGAUAGAGAAUAUCGAAAAGAAAAGGAAUAUAGAAGGGAUAGAGAUAGAGACAGAGAAAGAGAUAGAGAAUAUCGAAGGGAUAAAGAUAAAGAAAGAGAUAGGGAUAGAGACAGAGAAUAUAGAAGAGAUAGGGAUAGAGAUAGAGAAUACAGAAGAGGAGACGAUGAUUAUAAAAAAGAAAAGGGUUAUCGAAAUGAUCGAGAUGAUAAAUUGGAUAAAGACUAUAAAAAAAGCGAAAGAAAUGGAAAAAGCGAGCAAGAAAAAAGAAGAGAUAAGGAAGAUAAUGAAUAUGAAAUAAAUGAUUCUGAUGAAAAAGGGAAUGAUUUGAACGGUGCAGGAGAAGAUUCAGAUGUAAAGAAAAAGUAUGAUGUAAAUCACGCAGAUGACAACACAUGGGCAGAGAAAGAAAAGGAAAGUGAUGUUUCAGAUAUCGACUCAAACGGGAAGGAGAAUCAUAACCAUACGAACGAGAAGGAAAAAAUGACAAACGGAAAAGAUUUAACAGAAAAUGAGCAGACAAAGAAUGAAGAAGACGGUUCUGAUGGAGGGGGAGAUUUUACUGUAUUCAAAAAAAAAAAAAGAAAUUUUUUGAAAUAUUUUUCAAAGUCCUAA